UCCCGGUCCGUAUUGGACACUGCUUCACAGCGUCGUGCGGGUUGGACCUGGGGUAUGUCGUCACACUCGUUUGUUCUUAUGAGAAGACUUACACGAUCAUUAGGCCGCUCAUUUUCUUUGAGAGAGCAUAGGCUUGACCGCCACGUUCUUCUUCCCAAAAGAACACUCCACAACAAACUGCUCUUGAGCAAUCGCGAGCACCUAGGACGGAGAACCGCACGCCGUGAUCCCAAAUUUCACUGGCACACGGCGCAUCGAGCCCGAUGGAGACCGAGGAUACUCCCGAGCGAUUCCAUCGCCAGUUCCAAAUCUCGGUUGCAAGUACGUCCAUCACUGGCGCUCCAGUCGACUUAUAUGAUCCGUUACCUUACUUACGAAAUAAUCCCAGGCCUCCAGGAGCAGAUCGAUCUGCUGCCCAGCUUCUCAACUGUUGGCGGCGAGCAGCAGGAUGCGGUCGACCACGUCCUGAGCGGCAUCUCUCAACUUUCUAACCGGGUGGCCGACGCGGCCGACUUCCUGCCCGCCUACGACCAGCGCACCUACUCCGAGGCCGUCAAGGACCUCCGGGACAAGCUCAACAAAACAACAGCCCAGUUCGCACCGCGGAACCGCUUCCAGUUCAAGCACCGCACCGGCAACGCCACUGCGGCCACAGCCAAACCCGAUACCCGGCGCCUGAACCCGACUGCCACCCCGGCCAACCCUGUCGCAGAUGGCGCUGCUUCCUCCUCCACUUCCAAGCCGGCAGAUGUUAAGGACUCUGCUGGUGCUGCCCCGACCUCCAGCAGCAAUGACAAUGACAACAACAACUUGAAGAGCAACGACAGUGCCACCGCCACCGGUAGCAAGAACUACAACGCUGAGAUCACCAACCAGACCCGAAGCGGCGCCAGCAGCCUCGGCGUCCGCAGGCCGAGCUUCUCGACGGCGCGCGACAUCAUGCUGUCGGGCCACAGCGGCGUGCACAUCGUUGUGCCGGCGUCGGCGUCGCACGCCACCUCGGCCGGCUCGUUGCUCGACCUCAACCGGUGCGUGAUCGACAUGACGGCUCCGACCACGGCGGCAGGAGGCAGUCCCUUUGCGAGCCUGGUGCUGCUCGACAUAUCGGGCUGCGCCAUCGCGGCCGGCCACGUCGACGGGCCCGUGUUCGUUACGCGCGUGCGCGACAGCGCGGUCGUGGUCGCCGCCCGCCAGGUGCGCAUCCACGACUGCGAGAACGUGGUCUUCUACCUGCACUGCGUCAGCCGGCCCAUCAUUGAGAACUGCAAGGGCGUGCGGUUCGCCAGGGCGCCUGAGGCUUAUUUAACGGACAAGGAAAAGGGCGAGACCAACCUGUUUGACCAGGUCGACGACUUCAAGUGGCUGAAGACGACGGCGUCGCCCAAUUGGAGCUUGCUGCCGGAGUCGGAGGCCAUCCCGGGCGAUGUCUGGAAGCAGGCGCUGGCGGGCGGCCCGGCGGUUGCAGUCGACGACACGCUGCGGAUGCUGGGGAUCGGAAAGGGCACUUAGGCAAGGGCUGGUGAAACAUGUUCUCUAAGACGGAGCAUCGCUGUGAACGCCGCAAAGUGGGCGUGCCUGUUUAGCAGCUGCAGUGGCUAGAUACAGCCAACGAUGAUUUCCCGUCCUGGGUGGACGCUUGGUUUGUGAGGGCAGCCGAGUCUGGCGUGGUUUGGUGUGUGCCCGAGUGUAUUACGUCGUUGUCCUAACGCC